AUGGGAGGAAAUAGCAGAGAAGGUGGUAAGGCCAAGCCUCUCAAAGCACCCAAGAAGGAGAAAAAAGAUCUGGACGAGGACGAGGUUGCAUACAGAGAAAAGCAGAAGGCUGAUGCGAAAGCGCAGAAAGAAAUGGCCGAGAAGGCAAAGGGAAAGGGACCACUGAAUGCAGGACAGCAAGGCAUCAAGAAAUCCGGGAAGAAAUAG